ACCUACACAAAACGUAAAGGGAAAAAGAUGUAAACAAACAAACAAUCAACCAAACCAUGCAAAAUACAUGAAUAAAAACAAAUUCCACACACACCAAAUUGUUAUAUAUUAAAUAAUCAUCCCAGCAAUAUAUAUAAUAAUUGAACAGCCAAUUAAUAUUUCAGAAACAAAACCCAAUCUAUAGCAAUUAUGAAACCUUCUUAUAUUACUUUUUGGAACUUUCUCCUAGUAAUUUUUUUAACCCUAUGUUGUCUCACAAAUGCAAGUCAAGAUAACUCAAUUGAUCCAAUGCUCAAAAGGUACAAAAAUUGGCUCCACAAACACAGAAGAAACUACCACAACAAAGAUGAAUGGAAUAUGCGUUUUGGGAUUUAUCAAUCAAACGUUCAAUUCAUUGAUUCCUUCAAUUCAGUCAACCAUUCUUACACUGUUACUGACAAUGCUUUUGCAGACAUGACAAACCAAGAAUUUACAUCUACUUAUUUAGGUUACAAGCAACCUAGGCAACAAGAUGUUGCAGACAUUGAUUAUAAUGUUACAUAUUAUAAAUCCAAAUUGCCUGUCAGUGUUGAUUGGAGAAAGAAUGGAGCUGUUACACCAGUCAAGAAUCAAAAAGAUUGUGGAAGUUGUUGGGCGUUCGCAGCAGUAGCAGCAAUAGAGGGCAUCAACCAGAUCAAAACAGGUGAACUAGUGUCACUAUCAGAACAAGCACUUGUUGAUUGUGAUGUUUACUCAGACAACCAAGGAUGUGGUGGAGGAUUCAUGAACAAUGCUUUUGCUUUCAUCAUAGAAAAUGGUGGAAUUACAACUCAAGAAAACUAUCCAUACAUUGGAAAAGAGCAAAGUUGCAACACUAGAAAGUUAAAACAACAUGCAGUUACAAUAAGUGGCUAUGAAAAAAUAGCACCAAAUGAGGAAUCACUUCAAGUUGCAAUCAACAAACAGCCAAUAUCGGUGGCUAUUGAUGCAAGUGGCUAUGGUUUUCAAUUCUACUCUGCAGGGGUUUACACUGGCUAUUGUGGACAUAGGCUAAAUCAUGGAGUGACAUUAAUUGGCUAUGAUGUGGAAGAAAAUGGUGAGAAAUAUUGGCUAGUAAAGAAUUCAUGGGGUACUAAAUGGGGUGAAGGUGGUUAUAUCAAAAUUAAGAGGGGGUCAAAUGACAAUAGAGGAACAUGUGGUAUCGCUAUGCAAGCUAGUUACCCUCUUAAGGAUGAAUCUUGAAAUAUCUACUUAUAGUAUGUGCAAAUAAACCAUAAUAACAUAGUUGCAUAGUUGUGAUUAGAAUUGUGUAAAACCUUAUAAGGUUGACUCUAAUUAAGAAUCAAAAUUGAUUAUGCAUAUUCUAUGACCAA